AUGUGUCAAGAAACCGAGAUUUUGAUUGUCUGUUGCACAAAGAAUUGCCUCUCUGAGAAAAACGACAUCCGUCUUCCACUGCUGCGUCUCACAUCAACGCCAGAGCCUCUUUAUCACCUCUGCGAAAAGGCAAAGCAGAUGGGGUACCGCACAAAUGGCACUCUGCUUGGUCUUCCGCUCAUGACGAACUACCCAGAUGAGUGCCCCGAUGUGGCAAGCGCUAACACAUUCCAGCUAUGCCUUUCCCACGCCGUCUCGCGUAAGGCUUCGCAGCGCGCCGGCUUCCUCGUCCAAUGCAAGGAAUGUUGUAACGCAGGCCAUGCCCAGAACCAUACCCUCAGCGACCGUCCAGGUAACUUCCCUCAAUUCAACGCCCGCCCGCGGAUUUUUCCUGCUGAGUCUUCCACUGAGUCCUCAACAGAGUCUCCCCCCAAGGAGAAGUAUUUUACGAGUGAUUGGACCUGUUGCGCGGUUGGCGAGUGCAGUGAUGACGAGCUUUGUGAGUACCGUGUGACUGCUAUCCUGUGUGGGAUGUCGACGCAGUGCCAGGAGGCUGAGCAGGCCAUCAUUGACACAUGCAACGAAGAGACAGACGGGGGGUACGAUGGCGACGUCAGCGAUAACUCCAACUAG